GAGGAGAAGAAGAAGAAACACGAACUCGCACCUCCACGAGCCGUGGCUGGAUUGUGCGCGCGUGCAUUGAUAAUAAUGAUGGAGGAGGGUGUGAUCAGAGAUGUGUUCAAAAGCUACAAUAGAUAUCCUGUUCCUGUGUCUGUCUCCAUCAUGACUGAAAAAGGUAUCUGCUUUGAUACCAAGACCAAGAACCUCACCAUAAGCACUGAGUGGAGUCAGUGUGAUGUUGACAGAGGCAUUAGAUUGCACUUUAGUCAGCACUGGAAUCUUCAAUGUAAUGGAAAUAUUCUGAAAAAGUCUGUGUGUCUGGGACCCUCUAUAAACACACAUGGAGAGAUUCUUAGUCGCUACUCGCCCUCUGGGGUCCAUAGAGCGGUCAUCAGAGAUGUCGUGGGGCAUCAGUACCUUGAGGUAUGGGGCUGCAAUGGACUGGAGAAAAGCUUAGACCUCACAGCUAUGAACAAACAUGGAAAAGUCUAUGAAGAUGCACAGUUUGCAUGUCUAGUUUGGUCACCCUGUGAGGAAAAGUUACUUUACGUAGCAGAGAAGAAGAGGGCGGGGCCAUCAGCCAAUGACAGUGGAAGUUUGGGUGUGCUUGAAGAAGACGAUAAGAAUGUGUAUGUGGAAGACUGGGGUGAGGGUCUGGUUGGUAAAAGUGUCCCAGUGCUGUGUGUAGCAAAUCUAACUAAAGGGGAAGUGACCAUGUGUCCUGGAGUCCCAGCUCAUGUGUCACCUGGGCAGGCCUCGUGGACAGGAGACGGCCAGACCGUGAUCUUCGUGGGCUGGUGGCACGAACCCUUCCGACUGGGCCUGAAGUUCUGUUCCAAUCGGAGAUCAGCUGUCUUCUCCAUUGAUUUGAAAGGAAAUUGUGAGCUCGUGUCAUGUGAUUCUGGCUCGGUGAUGAGUCCUCGGCUGAGUCCAGACUCUCUCUGGCUGGUCUAUCUGCAGGGAAAAGUGUUCGGCCCACAUCAACAAUGUCUCUGCAUGAUGCUGUAUGACAUGAAGAACAGAACUACCUCCGUGUUGGUGGAUGUAGUGAAAAGAGCAGAGGAAGGUCAAUUUAUGGGUGUGUAUGAACCUCUUCCUCUUCAUUGCUGGUCUUCAGACAGUGAGAGACUCUUCUUCAGCAGUGCCUGUGAAAACAGGAAGUUGCUGUUCUCUGUGGAGAGACAAACUGGAAGAGUAACACCUGUGCAGGACACUGUGUGGAAAGAGUUUGGGAGUGUCAAGCUACUAGCAGUCAUGAAUGACUUGAUGGUGAUGUCCUGCUCUUCUCCUAAUCACCCCCCAAGCCUGGAGGUAGGGUUUAUACCAGAUGGAAAGCAUAAACGGACUGUACAGUGGUCUCACCUGGGUGGAGCUGAUGCAUACGAGGGCUUUGAUUGGGAAUCGAUGAUGAUCACUCCCACACCAGAAGAGGAAAACCAUCAGUUCUCUGGCAUCAGGUUUGGUGCCAUGUUGCUGAAACCAGCAAGCUGUUUCAAGGCUGUCAGGUUUCCUCUGGUCGUCUUCAUACAUGGAGGCCCUCAUUCUCAUUUUGCUGCUGAAUGGAACGUCACUGCUGCAGCUUUGAGUAAACUGGGUUUUGCUGUGCUCAUGGUUAACUAUCGAGGUUCCACUGGUUUUGGUCAAGACAGUAUCGAUUCUCUCCUUGGAAACCUCGGCAGUCAGGAUGUCAAAGACGUUCAGAGGGCUGUGCUGCAUGUCCUACAGAACAACAAAACCCUGGAUCCUGAUAGGGUGGCUGUGAUGGGCGGGUCUCAUGGUGGAUUCCUGGCCUGUCAUCUGAUUGGUCAGUAUCCAGAGUUCUACAGAGCAUGUGCAGCACGGAACCCCGUCAUCAACGCAGCCACACUGCUUGGGACCAGUGACAUCUCUGACUGGAGAUAUUCCUCUGUUGGUCUAGAAUACAGCUUUGACCAGCUGCCCAGUGCACAAGCCCUGAGCACCAUGCUGGAGAAAUCACCUAUAGUGCAUGCAGCACAGAUCCGCACUCCAGUGUUGCUUAUGUUAGGCGGCAAGGAUAGGAGAGUGUCACCUUAUCAAGGUUUGGAGCUUUAUAAAGCCCUCAAGAGCAGGGGCUCACCUGUCAGGCUGUUAUGGUAUGAUGAUGGCCAUUCCCUGUCUAAAGUGGAAACUCAGUCUGACUGUUUCCUCAAUGUUGCACUAUGGUUCAAACAGCAUUUAAACAUUAACCGAACUUCAUCCUGAUCAUAUUAAGACCUCAACAUGGUCGAAGCUGCUAAAUUAAGACUUUGCAGUUCUCUCGUUAAAACAAAAUGCUAUUGCAAGCUACUUGUGUAAUAACAUUUAUCACGUAUUCUGUCUCCACUGUUCAGAAUAAUCGGAUGACACCCAAAUAAUAGACUUAAGACUCAAAGCUUGAUUGCAGUUAAAUGAGAUGCAGCAACAAAAUUGUAAAUAGACUGUAAACAGGAUGCCUAAAUAGCAGUGACAGUGGUAUUAUUUAUUAGAGUAGAAUGUGGUUUAUUUGGUUCAGUGAAGAUAUUAUAGAAGAAGAAGAAGAAGCCUUUAUUCGUCACAUGCACACUUCAAGCACAGUGAAAUUCAUCCUCUGCAUUUAACCCAUCUGAAGCAGUGAACACACACUCAGAGCAGUGGGCAGCCACACCAGAGCGCCCGGGGAGCAGUCAGGGGUCAGGUACAGUACCUUGCUCAAGGGCACCUCAGCCCAAGGCCACCCCACGUCAACCUAACUGCAUGUCUUUGGACUGUGGAGGAAACCGGAGCACCCGGAGGAAACCCACGCAGACACGGGGAGAACAUGCAAACUCCACACAGAAAGGCCCUCGGCGGCCGCUGGGUUCAAACCCAGAACCUUCUUGCUGUGAGGCGACCGUGCUAACCGCUAUACCACCGUGCCGCCCUGAAAUACAUAAAGACUGGCACACUCCCUAAAACGGCAGAAAAUAAAGAUUCAAGAUUAUCCACAGAUAAAAUGCACUUGCUGAAAUUGUGCAAACGCUUCGAUUACCAACCAGUAGAACUCCGUUUGAACUGCAAAAACUACACAAACGCACCAAAAUGGCAGUUAGCCUCUAACCAUCCUAUAUUAGUCCACUAGAUAAAUCUGAACUGAUGAAUAAGGCCCAAUCCCAAUUCUAAUUUCUACCCCUACCCCUCCCCCUUCCCCUUGGCCCUUCCCCUUGAAACUGAGCUACAAGGGAUAGGGCUUGAAAUUCAACCCUUACGUAUUGGGAUAUCCCUUCAACGAUCGCAUACGUCAUCGCGUACCUCCGUCAGCGUUUACGUUAGCAAAACGCGACCAAAUGCGUCAUUGGCUGCGACCAGCCGCUACAGUCAGAGCCAGAGGCAGAACCAGAAAUCUCUGCUGGCAGGGUGUGAUUUGUUAACUAACACCACUGAAUGGGAUAUCUUUGGCGCUUCGUGCACCACAUCCGACAGAAUGAGGUGUCAGAACACUCAUGUAAACAAUAAAAGCGAGAAUAACAGAACAAAACGUACGCAGUCAAGCAACCGAAAACAAUACUCACUCCCAAAGCUUUUUAGCAGCAGCUUGGAUUUCAGAAAUCGCUGCUCAUUCUCAGCUCGAAAGCGAAUCAAGCGGCGUGUUUCCUCUGGAUAACAACUUAAAACACGUAAAUAAUGAAGAAAAUACAUUUAUGACAAUCUUUCGCCGCGGGAACCGCCAUCUUUCUGAAAUCCGCGUGAAAUCUCGCUGAAAUCUGCAUGGCAUUGUGGGAAAUCACUCAAACCCCUUCGUUCGGAGUCAGCUCCAGGAAAAUCUCCGUUUGGAGGGGUACAGAAGCCCUACCCCUCCCCCUACCCCUCCGCGUUAACUGGGAUUGGGAUACCCCUUCACGUGAACGCGCAAAAUGGAGGGGAAGGGCCAAGGGGUUGGUCCAAGGGGUGAAAUGGGAUUCGGCCUAAAUAGACACAUUUCAAAAUUACACACAACAAGAGCGAACAGAAGUAUCGUUCGGCUUGUCCAACAAAAUUUAACUAAAUUUCUGUUAACAUGCAGUUAGGUUAACAUAGGACGGCCUUGGGCUGAAGUGCCCAAGAGUGGCGGCACGUACGUAUGCAGCGGCUUUGCUCUCCUGUGAUGAACUAAAAUUUCGUUGUACAUUUGUGCAGUGACAAUAAAGGCAUUCUAUUCUAAAUUCAUAAAUUUAAUUGAUAAAAAUACACCUUCACCAAACACACCCCAUUGGCCAGACGAAUGCCUUAGCUACGGAGCAAAAAAGAAGGAAUAACUCCACCAAUAUUCAGUCUUUUUUUAAUUUUAUUGUUGAUUGGGUUCCAGCGUUUCUCUGUCACUGUGUAGUCAGACUUCUUUUGUGCCUAAAGUUGGGAUGUGAUGACGUUUGACAUAUCUGAGCUGAUGUAAAACAAAUUUCUCACCAAAUUUGACCCCGCCCCACUGACACAGCGCUGACUGUUAAUCACUAUUACAAGAUUGUCAAGGGUGACCCUCAGCAGAGCAUUAAAUGGAGCACGAGCUUUAAAUGAAAUUGUAUAUUAUAGAUCGUCUUCAAGUGUAAUCUUUCCCUGGUUGUUCAUUACUACUAAUGCUAACCACUAGGUGGUAGACCUGAUAUUCCACUUACAGCAAAAAGCAUUUUGCAAGGAAAAAAAGCCAGAAAAACUGAGGCUGCGCUUUGAGAGGAAUAUUAGACUAGUGUAAGGGUUUUUUUUUCUGUAAAGUUCUUUACAUUUAAAUUAAUGAGAUUUUAUCUUUUUUUUUUUUUUUGUUGAGGCAGAAAAGUACAUGGUACCUAACGAUCAGUGCAGAAACAGGUCUGAAAAUUUAUAAUAGUGCUUGUGUUAACUUUCUCCAUGAUAACUAAGAUGGAAAAUGAUUGUGAACAACCUUUUCCAGUGAUGAAAGUUAUAAACAAAACAAACGAGUAUUAUAUAAUCGUUCAAUAGUGAUGUCUUGUUAGGCUCAUGUUUAAUACUAAUAAUACUAACUAGCUCGAUAAUAUCUAUCAUUAUUCUAUCCACAUUCACUGGAUAUGCGCAAUCGCGCGCUCUGAUUGGCUACUCUACUACUCAGCUAUCAGCUCCUAUAGAUAGUUUUCACUGACAUCACGGCAUUCCGGGGAACACCCUCCAGCCACCAUUUUGUGGGGCAAACAAAACGGACCAUCGCCAUUACCGGCUACGUUAUCUCGGACGAAUUUAUGAAGUUGUAUAGUCAUUUUUCUAAAAUAAAGAUCAAUGUCGGCAAAAUCAAGCAAACAGAAGUAUAUAGAUACAUUAGACGACAUCUCACGACAACGGUAUGCAGCCAAACUGGCCUUGAUUGGGGAAUUGACCCCUACGAAGUGGACAAAGAUGCAUUUUCAAGUGACUAUGCAGGGCUGCCAAAGCCUGAAACUGCCAAAGCCUGCUCCAAAGCCUGAAACUGACUUCAUCAAACUUUAAAGGCUGUCUGAUAUAUACAACUUUAUAUAUUCACAGCGCGCCUUUUGGUGGAUGCCGCCUGAAUCGCGCAGAUCCGAUUUUUUUUUUUUUUUAGGGGGGGC